AUGCAGCCUCGUUUGCGUGUUGUUGUUCCACAGUAUCCACAUACAUCGGAACAAGUAUCACCAGUGGACCAUUCACUCCAAACCCCUCCAAUGGCACAACAAGUCGAGUUUUCGCAUUUCGGCAGUUCAGCAACGACUGGUGGGAUACCUGUCGAAGGGCAGCAUUGCGACGGACGAGAGGACGAAGUAGAUCCAGGUGUAGUUGCAAUAGUUUGGACCGUAGUUGUUGAAGGCAGAAGUGUGGAUGUAGAUCUCGGUACUGUGGUCGUUGAAGUAGGCACCGUGGUUGUGGAGGUUGGAACCGUCGUAGUCGAGGUCGGCACUGUGGUCGUUGAAGUAGCUGCUGUGGUUGUAGAGGUCGGUACAGUCGUUGUGGAAGUAGGCACCGUAGUUGUGGAGGUUGGAACCGUCGUAGUCGAGGAAGGCGCGGUGGUAGUGCUGGACGGCAGAGUUGUAGUCGAGGUCGGCACUGUAGUUGUAGAUGUCGGUACUGUGGUCGUGCUGGUUGGCACAGUUGUUGUAGAUGUCGGCACUGUCGUCGUUGAAGUAGGCACCGUGGUUGUAGAGGUCGGAACAGUUGUCGUGGAAGUAGGCACCGUGGUUGUGGAGGUCGGAACAGUUGUUGUGGAAGUAGGCACUGUAGUUGUGGAAGUAGGCACCGUGGUUGUAGAGGUCGGUACUGUUGUUGUGGAAGUAGGCACCGUGGUUGUAGAGGUUGGAACCGUCGUAGUCGAGGUCGGCACUGUGGUCGUUGAAGUAGCUGCUGUGGUUGUAGAGGUCGGUACAGUUGUUGUGGAAGUAGGCACCGUGGUUGUGGAAGUAGGCACCGUGGUUGUAGAGGUCGGUACUGUUGUUGUGGAAGUAGGCACUGUAGUUGUGGAAGUAGGCACCGUGGUUGUAGAGGUCGGUACUGUUGUUGUGGAAGUAGGCACCGUGGUUGUGGAGAGGAGUAGGACGUUUGUAGAGGUUGUUGUUGUGGAAGUAGGCACCGUGGUUGUAGAGGUCGGUACUGUUGUUGUGGAAGUAGGCACUGUAGUUGUGGAAGUAGGCACCGUGGUUGUAGAGGUCGGUACUGUUGUUGUGGAAGUAGGCACUGUAGUUGUGGAAGUAGGCACCGUGGUUGUAGAGGUCGGUACUGUUGUUGUGGAAGUAGGCACCGUGGUUGUAGAGGUCGGAACAGUUGUUGUGGAAGUAGGCACUGUAGUUGUGGAAGUAGGCACCGUGGUUGUAGAGGUCGGUACAGUUGUUGUGGAAGUAGGCACCGUGGUUGUGGAGGUAGGUGUGGAAGUAGGCACUGUAGUUGUGGAAGUAGGCACCGUGGUUGUAGAGGUCGGUACUGUUGUUGUGGAAGUAGGCACCGUGGUUGUAGAGGUCGGUACAGUUGUUGUGGAAGUAGGCACCGUGGUUGUGGAGGUUGGAACCGUCGUAGUUGAAGUAGGCACCGUGGUCGUGCUGGUUGGCACAGUUGUUGUAGAUGUCGGCACUGUCGUCGUUGAAGUAGGCACCGUGGUUGUAGAGGUCGGUACUGUUGUUGUGGAAGUAGGCACCGUGGUUGUAGAGGUUGGAACCGUGGUCGUUGAAGUAGGCACUGUGGUUGUGGAAGUAGGCACCGUGGUUGUAGAGGUCGGUACAGUUGUUGUGGAAGUAGGCACCGUGGUUGUAGAGGUCGGUACAGUUGUUGUGGAAGUAGGCACCGUGGUUGUAGAGGUAGGUACAGUUGUCGUGGAAGUAGGCACCGUGGUUGUGGAGGUAGGUACUGUUGUUGUGGAAGUAGGCACUGUCGUUGUGGAAGUAGGCACCGUGGUUGUAGAGGUCGGAACAGUUGUCGUGGAAGUAGGCACCGUGGUUGUGGAGGUUGGAACCGUCGUAGUCGAGGUCGGCACUGUGGUCGUUGAAGUAGGCACCGUGGUUGUGAGAGUCGGCACAGUUGUUGUGGAAGUAGGCACUGUGGUUGUAGAAGUUGGAACCGUCGUAGUCGAAGUCGGUACUGUGGUGGUUGAAGUAGGCACAGUGGUUGUUGAAGUAGGCACUGUGGUUGUGGAAAAGUCGGCACUGUGGUCGUUAGAUGUCGGCACUGUGGUCGUUGAAGUAGGCACUGUGGUGGUUGAAGUAGGUACCGUGGUUGUGGAGAUUGGAACCGUUGUAGUCGAGGUCGGUACAAUUGUUGUAGAAGUAGGCACCGUGGUGGUUGAAGUUUUGGUCGGCACGUGUUGUGAAGUACCGUUUGUGGAGGUCGGUACAGUUGUUGUGGAAGUAGGCACCGUGGUUGUAGAGGUCGGUACAGUUGUUGUGGAAGUAGGCACCGUGGUUGUAGAGGUAGGUACAGUUGUUGUGGAAGUAGGCACUGUAGUUGUGGAAGUAGGCACCGUGGUUGUAGAGGUCGGUACUGUUGUUGUGGAAGUAGGCACUGUAGUUGUAGAAGUAGGCACCGUGGUUGUAGAGGUCGGUACUGUUGUUGUGGAAGUAGGCACCGUGGUUGUAGAGGUCGGAACAGUUGUCGUGGAAGUAGGCACCGUGGUUGUGGAGGUCGGAACAGUUGUUGUGGAAGUAGGCACUGUAGUUGUGGAAGUAGGCACCGUGGUUGUAGAGGUCGGUACUGUUGUUGUGGAAGUAGGCACCGUGGUUGUAGAGGUCGGUACUGUUGUUGUGGAAGUAGGCACCGUGGUUGUGGAAGUAGGCACCGUGGUUGUAGAGGUCGGUACUGUUGUUGUGGAAGUAGGCACCGUGGUUGUAGAGGUGGGUACAGUUGUUGUAGAGGUAGGUACAAUUGUUGUGGAAGUAGGCACCGUGGUUGUAGAGGUCGUAGGCACCGUGGUUGUAGAAGUGGUGGAAGUCGGCACUGUGGUUGUGGAAGUAGGCACUGUGGUUGUAGAGGUCGGCACUGUGGUUGUGGAAGUAGGUACUGUGGUUGUGGAAGUAGGCACUGUUGUUGUGGAGGAUGGAACAGUCGUGGUAGAGGUCGGCACUGUGGUCGUGAAGUAG